GAAGCGCGAGCGCGGGAACUGUCUGGGCUUCCCUCAGGUGGCGGCGGUGGGAGGAGAAGAAGCGGAGCCGCAGCAGCAACAGGAAAGAGGAGAGAAGGCUGGGAGCCCCCGCCGCUCUCCCCCGGCGGAGGCGCCAUCAUGAGCAGCGCGGACUCCACGACGGGGCCCUGCCGCAACCCGAGCCUCCUCCUGCCCCUGCUGGAGACCCUGGAGGACCCCGCCGCCUCGCCGGGAGUGCUCACCGACGCCCUGCUGACCCUCACCAACCGCCUGACAGGUGAGGAAGGAAAAGAAUUUGCAGCCGAAGUUGGAAAAUACUUCUCUCAGCUCUGCAAAAUAUUUAAGACACACAUUCCUACUGAAAACUCAGAGUUGAGCAGUGCAGCCUUACAGGCAUUGGGAUUCUGUGUGUUUAACCCGAGGACUGCUUCUCUGUUAUGUGAAGGAGAAAUACAGGAGUUGAUUUCCAUUGUGAACAGUGUUGCUAUGAAGUCAGGGGACAAAAACACUCGCACUAGAGCACUUUGGGUGCUCUCCAAGCAGUCCUUUCCUUCUGAUAUUGUUGGGAAGUUGGUACCCAGUAUUAUUGCCACAUUGGAAACGGUACUUAAUAAAGGGGACUUGCAUUCCAUGGUGGUUGAAUAUGAAGCUCUAAACGUCAUCAUACGGCUUAUCGAGCAGGCUCCAUCCCACAUGGAGGAACAGGCUGUACGGUGGGCCAAGCUGAUCAUUCCUUUAGUUGUCCACUCAGCUCAUAAAGUACAGUUAAGAAGUGCUACUGCAUUGGAGAUGGGAGUGCCUCUUUUACUUCAGAAGCAACAGGAAGUUGCAGCAGUCACUGAAGAGCUUAUGACUACUAAAAUAAUUUCAGAGCUCCAAAAGCUGUUUUCGUCAAAAAAUGAGACUUAUGUUUUGAAACUGUGGCCUCUGUUUGUAAAGCUGCUUGGCAAAGCAUUGCAUCGUAGUGGAAGUUUUAUCAAUUCAUUGUUGCAGCUGGAAGAACUUGGAUUUCGCAGUGGGUCACCAGUGGUAAAAAAAAUAGCUUUCAUCGCCUGGAAGAGUCUGAUUGAUAACUUUGCUCUAAAUCCAGAGAUAUUAUGCAGUGCAAAAAGACUGAAAUUGCUAAUGCAGCCCUUAAGCUCCAUCCAUGUGAGAACUGAAGCUCUGGCCCUGACGAAGCUGGAGGUUUGGUGGUAUUUACUGUUGAGGCUUGGACCUCAGCUCCCAGCCCAUUUUGAACAGGUUUGUGUACCAUUAAUUCAGAGCACUUUAAGCUUAGAUGCCUCUACACAAGGAAACUCAUCACGAGUAGCUACUAACCAGAGUCUAAUGAUGCCAGGUUCUUCACAAAAAUCAGGUGCUUUUCCUUUUGGAAGCCCUGCCACUCGGAUGAGCUUGGGUUCUUGUGCGGGAGGAAUCUUGGCCAUUCCCUCCAUUCAGCUGCUAGGAAUUGAAAUGCUGCUUCACUUCUUCAUGGGGCCGGAAGUGCUGACCUUCGCUAAGGAAAACAAAAUUGUACUUAGUCUAGAACCACUUCAACACUCAGUGAUCACUAGUCCUUCUUUCUUCUGUAAGCAUGCCAGUACGUUCAUAAACACGGUUCAGGAUGGCUUUAUUGCAAUUGGGAAAGAUGCUUCUGACAUUAUUCUAAAUGCAAUAUGGAAGGAAAUGAUUGGUUUUGUGAGGGCUGCAAUCGAAUCAGGUAGUAAGAGAGAGCGGCAAAGUUCAGAAGUGCUUACCAUGAUGCUGAAGGCUUUGAAAAACAUUGUUGCAUCAAAUGAAUUGUCUGUGUUAAAAUCAUUGUCUCUAAUAGAAAUCACAAUUAAAGAAUUGCCUGCAAAAGUAUUGGGAUCACCAGCCUAUCAGAUUGCUAAUAUGGAUCUUCUGAAUGGGACACCGGCAUUGUUCUUAAUCCAGCUUUCUUUCUGGGAAGAUCUAUUGAAAUCCUCCUGUGUUCAAGAUGAAAGGUUUUUCUUGAAUUAUGAGUCUCUUGUGGGAUUUGUUUUGUCUGGCCCUACAUCACCUCUGGCUUUUAGUGAGUCUGUGUUCACUGUGGUUAGCCAAAAUGCAAAGUACCUGGAAAACAAAGAACAUCUCUGGAGACUAUGGAGUAUUGUAGUUAACCCAUUAACAGAAUGGAUUAACCAGACAAAUGAAGUAAAUCAAGGUGAUGCCUUGGAACAUAACUUCAGUGCAGUUUACAGUGCACUGUUGCUCCCUGUAAACCACAUUUUCACAGCUUCUGCACUUCCACCGCCUACAAUGAAAACACUGUUGCGCUCCUGGUCAGACCUCUAUAGAGCAUUUGCCCGUUGUGCAUCACUGGUGGCAACAGCAGAAGACAAUCUGUGCUGUGAAGAACUCUGUGCCAAAAUAACAUCUGGAUUAGAAGGUGAAACACACAUGAAUCUGCUCAUGUUGGAUGCCCUUUCUCACAUAGUGUCAGUUAUGAUUGACUGCAUCAACUUUGCACCUUAUGGUGCUAAAUAUCAGCCAAUUAAUAAAUCCCCACAGAUAGCUUCAGACCGGUCUAAAAAGAAGAGAGAUCCUCCUCUUGGCAAGCUGUCAUCCUUGAUUAAACUUUUGGUGAUGCUGACAAACUCUCUUUGUAUGCUUUGGUCAAAGGAAUCCAACCUUGAAAAACUGACUGCUGUUGGUGCUUCUGUUCUCAGUGGUGCUCAAAAUAUCAUUGGCCAUAUUUCUUUGGCUUCAGUCAUCAGAUCUCUGUUUGAAACUAUUAUAAACCCACUAGCAGUAUUGUACGAAAAAGCAAAGUCUGCUGAUGCAUCUAGAAUGAACAAUGGUCUCUGCAGCAAGUUUGAAAAGUUGCUUGUGGAAAGCAUUAACUGUUUGCAGUCCCACUAUACUGGAUCCUUUGACAAUGAGCUCUUGCAAGAAGUUUCUCCAUUUCUUUGCCUUAUGUUCUUGAGCAAGAAUAAGCAGAUACGCAGUCAAGUUGCCCAGUUUUGGAAUGCAACUUUUGGUAAAGCUGUCAUGCUGACAUAUCCAGAAACAUUAAAAUCUGUUUUAUCUGAAGUCAAGCAGAAAAUUCUACUCUCUCUGCCUGGUUUUGAAAGCAUUGACAUAGUGGGAGUGUCUAAUGGGACAGAUUUCGAUUCUCAGACUGAAAAUUCCCAGUGGGACACAAAGAUAAGUGGAAUUGAAGUAAAAGCUAAUGGGAAAAGGAACUCCUUGAUGGUGCAGACCAAGGAACUAGAAGGAAAAACAAAUUCCCAUGUGACACCUGUUAAGAUGAAGCUAGAAUUCCCAUUGUCAAAAACAAAUAGAAAAGAAAUGCUUUUAGAAGAGGAAAAUACUCUUGACUUCGUGUUUAUUCCUCCAGAAACAAAAGAGAGAGUAUUGACAGAGCACCAAAAAGAAGUUUUUAGAACAAAAAGAGUUGACAUUCCUACAAUGUACAAUAAUUUGGAUGCAUCCCAAGAUGCAACUUUAUUUUGCCAGUAUACACAAAGCCAGGAAGAUUCUGUGGAAAAACCAACACUAACCAUGAAGGAAGAGGACGGGAAGGAAGAGAACAAAAUAAUAUCCCAGGAUGAAAAAGUGACUGGUGACUUAGUGGGUGCCCCCCCUAAAGUUACUGAAAACUGCAAGUCAGAUUUACUUCUGGAGAAAACUCAGCUUGCCAGUACUGGACAGCUUCAUACCCUUGGGGAAGAGAGUCCAGAUUCCAGCUGUGAGGAUUCAGAAAUGUGUGCUUCUAAAACAGCUCCAGGGGAAAUGUCAGUAUUGGACAAAUCUCUAAAUGAAAGCACCUCAAAUGUCAGUAGCAGCAGUUCUGCUUCUAGCGAUAUCAUUUCAGGAACCCCGCAGCCUGUGAGCAGAAGGCAGUCCUUCAUAACGUUGGAAAAGUUUGAUAAUUCAGAGAACAGACCUUUCAGUCCUUCAACUUUCAAUAAUGUGCUGGGAACAUCUGGAAGCAUCUCUUUGCUAGCUAAACAGGAGAGCAUGAUUGCCUCAGAUACCUCUUUCAGAGAAAAGUCAAAUGUGGUGGAUAAUAGUGCCCCCAUACCCAAAAUGGAUACAGUUGUAACUAGGACUAAGAGGCCAUGCCUAGAAAGCACAGAUGCACUAGAGACACAUUCUGAAGUCAAAAAAGCAAAAGAUGACAAAGCUAAUUCAAAACUGCGAUCUGAGAGCACACCUGGAGUAAAGAGGUCAGGUCUCAGGCAAAGUAAAACGGAGCUUUCAGAAGAUAAAAAGCCAAAGCUAAUACACUCAGAUCAGGAAGAACCUAUGCAAGUAUCUCCUGGUAAACUUGUGGAAGCUGGACACAAGUUACUUGGUGAAACACAAGAAGCAAAAGGUUUGCUAGACAUACCACCUCAAGCUUCAGAUUUGAAUGUGAUUGGAAGUACAGAAAAUAAACAAAUUCUGGACAAUGUUUCAGAUACUAAAGCAGGGUCAAACUUAGAUUCCAAAGAAAAUACACCCCCAGAGGCUGCUGUAUCAGGAGAUGCAAUACCUAAUGUUGGUCAAACAUCACCUAAUCAAAAGAUAUUGAGGCGUUCCCUAAGGCGAAAGUCAGAAACUACAGAAGGACUGACAGAUAGUCAAGACAAAGAGAACAGCCAACAAAAGAAAGAUAGGCAUAAAGAUGCUGAAAAGCUGCUGCCAAGGAAGGUUUCACAAGGUAAAGAAGAUGCCCCACAGAAACAGAAAUCUUUUUCUGAAAAAACUAUAGUUACACAAAGUGUAAAUAAAAAAGAUAGUACUGUACAUGGGAAUAAUACUGACUGCAUAGGAUCCAAAAAAUCUCAUGCUUCAAGGAGUCUCCAAGAGGAGACUAGCACAAGUACUAAAAAAUCUGAAGGCAGUUGUGUUUCUGACACGGACGAUGUGCAAGAUCUUGGUCCAGAUACAACUGUUGAGAAAUCAAAGGGGUUUCCACGCUAUCAUACGAGAAGAAGCACUCAAGGCUUGCUUUCCAGUAUAGAAAACUCAGAGUCUGAUAGUUCUGAGACAAAAGAAGAAGGAACCAAGAGGAAAAAAUUGGGGCGGUGGAAAAAUAAAUGUAAUUCCCUUGAAAGCCAGGUGAAGGAAGAGCUGGAAAGCCAAAACCAAAAGCUGCUUUCACAAGAAAAGCUGGAAUUCACAACUGAAAUCCAGGCCACCUCAGUAGAAAAUAAAGAUGCAAUACAUUCUGAGGGGUGCAUGGAAAUAGCUUUGACUGGUAACAGUGAAAAGGGAGAGAAUUCCCCCAUACUGAGUGACUGUUCAGGUCUGGAAGGUGUGGUCAGUCCACAGUGUAGAGACAACUUGGAUGCAGAGAAGACUGCUGCCAAAAUGGUGACAAAGCCCACUCUGGAGCCUGUAUUAAAAACAAGGCAGUCAACUAAAAUGCUCGAUAAUGAUUCUGUGUUACACAGUGAUACAAACUGUCCUGCUGAGACUUUAAGCAUUGAUGGCUAUACUACUGCUCUCAGCACUUUUUCGUCAUUUGAGAAAUCUUCGGAGACCUCUGAAUGCCUUCAUAAAAGAAGCAAGCGGACAAGAAAAUCAAAGAGUUGUGAUUGCUGUGGUGAAAAGUCAUCUGUGCAGCUGGAAAAGUUGCCCACUGAACUAAAAAAAGUAGAUAGCUCAGAACCAAAGUUAAAAGAGCCUAAAAAGAUACUUAGUAAAUCAACAGAGACUUCAUCAUGCAUUCCUGUUGCAGAAGACUCCCGCUCUGCAGAAACGCUCAACACAGACCCUUCUGCCACAAGCACUCCAGUGCUUUCUGCUAGGGAGUUUGUUGACUUGAAAGAUUCAAGUACAGGUACUGAAUCGGAAGAGGGUUUACCAGGAAAUGAUGAUCAAAAAGAUGAACACACAAAAUUGUUGUGUGUCAAGAGUGCAAAUUGCCAACUGAGUUCAGAAAUGCCGAGUUGUGUCCAAUUGGCCAGAGUAACUUCGGGGCUGGACUCUGAUCCAAAAGAAUCAAUCAUUCAGAAUCUUCCUUCAGAAGUCAACACAGAGCCAGCUGCUAUAAAAAAAGAUGUUGACUGUUUUGAUGAAGUAGAAGAGAGCCCUAAUGCAGAGACGUGUGGUGAGCAGCUUGAGGAGGCAACGGCCCGUGAACCAGUAGCUGACAUGGUUGAGAGUGACAUGAAAGCGACUGUAGUACCUUCUGUGGCAGAGAUACCAGAGCCUCAAGAAGAAUUGGGUGAGGAAGAAAGUACAGAAAUGGAUGUGGCAGCUAUGCCAGUGGCACCUGGAACUCCCACCUUGGUGAAAGAUGAUGGGAAGGGAAGUUGUAAUGUCGAUUCUCCUCUGAAGUUGAAAGAACUUGAUACUCUGUCUUUGGCUAAGAUGAGUGAAAGCCCUAAUGGAGUACAGGCACGCUGCAUAUGGUCUCCAGCAGCAUCUCCAUCUACCAGUAUUUUAAAGAGAGGUAUAAAAAGACCACAAGAGGAGGAGUCGCCAUCACCAGCAAACAAGAGUCGUCGUGUUUCCUUUGCCAAUCCAAUCUACCAGGAAGAAUUGGCAGAUGACAUUGACAGGCGAAGUCCUGUGGUUAGACCUCAUCCUUCUAACGGGUCUCCAUCUCCCCGGAGUAUUAAACCUUUGUCUAACAACCAGGCCAAGCUUAUUACCACUCCAACCAAAGGAUCUCUGUCCCCAGGAUCUCGUAGCCAUAAAUAUAAGAGCUCAAAGAAGUGUUUAAUAACUGAAAUGGUCAAAGAACCACUACCAGCUCCUACAGAAAGCAUAUAUCCUGCAUUGGUGGGCUGUAAGGCACCUGUUGACACAAUUUUGCCUCAAAUUACAUCAAAUAUUUGGGCAAGAGGACUAGGACAACUCAUUCGAGCAAAAAACAUCAGGACUGUGGGUGACUUGAGUUCCCUCUCAGCAGCCGAGAUCAAAACUCUUCCCAUUCGUUCACCCAAGGUUUCCAACGUUAAACGAGUUCUUAAAGGAUACCAUGAUCAACAGGUAAAAUCUCGAAGUUUUGAAGAAACUGCUGGUCUAGAUGAUACUGAGAAGUCAGUAAAUGGCAUUGACGAGAAGCCCUCUUCUACAAAUGAAGUUUCAUCAGACCUGAGUGAGCCAGUUUCUUCCAAUGCAGAUGAGCAGUCAGCUACAGACCUUUCUGCCCAGAUCAAUAUCCUUGCUGCUCAGAUUCAUUCUGAAAACCUUCACAGAUAUUCAGGGAGUGAACUUUUUGAAAUGCAAGAGAAACUACAUAGCAUAACACACUGUAUUAUGAAAAAUCUGCAGUCCCGGUGGCAGACACCACCUCGUGAAAGCAUGGUUUAAUCAUUUGUACUUAUUGAACAAAAUCUUUGAGGAGUAGACUUCAUGGCAAGAUACUUCGUUGCCAAGUUCCUAUUUUUCAUUUGAGCUGAAAGCAUAGAGCUAUGGGGUGUUUUAAGUGAAAGGACUGUACCAUCUAGAAUAUAUCUAGAAUAUUUUUGUAAUGUCCAGAAUAUUUUUAAGUUUUGUACGUUAACUGUCUAAGUUGAGAAUUUAUGCGGCUGUGCAUUUUUCAAAUUUUGUUAAAAUGUAAAUUAGCAAGGCUGUGAAACUUGAUUUGCAUAGUACCUUAACAAUAUAUAUCUUGGUUUUUCAAAUGCAGAGGGGUUUUUUUAUUCCAAUGGAACAUCCUAUUUUAAAAAUCCAGAUUUCGCUGCUCUAAAUGAAACUUGAAGUGUUAACUGGUUUACCAAAAGUCAUAAGGAGCUCCCAGAUGCUAGUAUUUUGAAAAGCACUGGUUUUUUAGGUGGUUCUUAAUAAGAUGUGUGGUUGUUCCAACGGAACAAGCUCAGAAUGUUUUGAGUGAGCCCAGUGCCAUUUUGGAGGCGUGGUUUCCCCUUGAUGACUGGUUUUGGCACCGGCUUCCAAUUGGCUUGUGAUCUCCUUGCUGCUUGGUUGGCUGGUUAUCAUAUAAAUCAAUAUGAUGACAAGCCAAUUGGAAACCAGUGCCAAAACCAGUCAUCAAGGGGAAACCACGCCUCCAGAACGGCACUCGGCACACUCAACAUUACAACUCAGAAUGGGGUGGUUCCGUUCUGAAUUUGAAACAGGCCUUUCAUUGUGAGGGGUGUUUCAGAACGUUUUGUGUUCAAAACAUUCUGCACAUCCCUAUUUGUUAUGCAAACGUGUUAUCAGGACAGAAUUCUAAUGUAUUAUUCUCAGGAUCAAAUUGCAUGUCCUUAAAACUUCUAUAUGUAAAAGAGCUAGUAUUUUUCCCUUGCCUGCACCUCUGGACAUAAAUAACUUUGUAUAUUAUGUAUAGAUCUAACAAUUGCAGAUGUUAUAAAUUAUGGUCUCUGUAUGAAAAGCAGUGUAAUCCUGGGUGGGAGAAAUCCUGUUUGUAUAGCACAUACUGUGUUUGCUAGAAUGGGCAAAGGGAACAAUGGGAUCAAUUCUGUUAGGGAGCUGUGUAUAUUAAUAAAAUAUCGAGCAGUUUCAUUAGUCAUCA